AUGCCCAGUGGUGUCACAACCGCAUAUCUGCCUGGUGUCACAGAUCUUCCAACCUGCUCUCAGAUAUGUAUCGACGGCUACGAUGGCUGCGCUGAGGACGACGCCACCUGUAUUUGUUCGAAUCAGAACCUGCUUGAGCGGUGGUCGUGCUGCGUCAGCCAACGCUGCAAUGCUCAGGGCCAAGCCGAUGUGAUCUCUUUCGCUCAGAAUCUCUGUGGUGAAUACGGCGUUACAGCUCUUCCAACCGCGGCUACGUGUAAUACC